CGCUCGGUGCACCUCUAGCUUCCUCAGAUUCAGUGACCCCCAGUGAAGAUGAAAACCUUUGCCUUUAUCGUUGUGGCUGCUCUCAGCCUGGCUGUGGUCAGUGGACGCCCGGGUGCCCAGUAUCUGCCACCUCUGCCGGUUAAGGAGGUGUCCGCUGCGCCGAGCUUCCAGCAGUUGGUUCAGCCUCAGCUCCAGCAGCACAUCCAGUCGCAGAUCCAUCCCCAAGUGGAGUCCAUUCAGGCCUCGGUUCCGCUGGCUAGCUUCACCAUCCAGUCGAGUGGACAGCAGCAAUAUCAGAGUGUCCCAGCCCCAGCUCCAGUUUCCAUUCCAGCACCUGCUCCAGUGGCAAUCUCCGCUCCAGCUCCCGCCCCUGCUCCCGUGGAGGUUUCACAGCCGGCUCCCCAGGUGAUCUAUGAAGCACCCAAGCCUGUGGUUGCCACACAGACGGCGGUGAAGAACGCCUAUCUGCCACCCGCUCCCGUCCAGCAAUUUGUGCCCGCUCCGGAGCCAGUGGUUGCGAACAUUGCACCACAGCAGGAGACCAUCACCACCACUUACACCGCCCCAGCUGCCGCUACCGUUCCAGCACCCGCUCCAAUUGCCAUUCCAGUUCCUGCAGUGCAGGAACAGCACCAGGUGUUCCAGCAGACCUACUCCGUUCCAGCUCCUGCUCCCGUGGUCCAGCAAACAUACUCCGCACCCGCACCAGUUGUACAGGAACAGACCUACACCGCUCCCGCUCCUGUGCAGGCCGUGCAGCAGACUUAUUCAGCUCCCGUGGCUCAGGAACAAUACUACAGCGCUCCUGCUUCUGUGGCUCAGCAGACUUACUCCGCUCCUGCUCCUGCUCCAGCUCCAGUUCAGGAACAAUUCUAUAGUGCUCCCGCCCCAGCCGUUCAGCAGACUUACUCUGCUCCAGCUCCUGCUCCUGUCGUUCAGCAGACCUACUCCGCCCCUGCUUCAGCGCCUCAGCAGACUUACUCCGCUCCAGCUCCAGCAGUCCAGGAGCAAACUCAAGUGGUUCAGACCUACAGCGCUCCGGCUCCCGCUCCAGUUGCUCAGCAGACCUAUUCCUACCCAGCUCCAGUGGUGCAGCAAGCGCCAGUGGUUCAGGCAGUGGCUCAGCAGGCACCUGUGGUUCAGCAGAGCUACUCUGCUCCGGCUCCCGCUCCUGUGGUUCAGCAAACAUACUCCGCUCCAGCCCCUGUGGUUCAAGAGACCAUUCAGCAAGCCCCUGUUAUCCAGCAGGCUCCUGUAGUUCAGCAGAGCUACUCCGCUCCGGCUCCCGCUCCAGUUGCUCAGCAGACCUAUUCCUACCCAGCUCCAGUGGUGCAGCAAGCGCCAGUGGUUCAGGCAGUGGCUCAGCAGGCACCUGUGGUUCAGCAGAGCUACUCUGCUCCGGCUCCCGCUCCUGUGGUUCAGCAAACAUACUCCGCUCCAGCCCCUGUGGUUCAAGAGACCAUUCAGCAAGCCCCCGUUAUCCAGCAGGCUCCUGUAGUUCAGCAGAGCUACUCCGCUCCGGCUCCUGUGGUUCAAGAGAACGUUCAGCAAACCCCUGUAAUCCAGCAGAGUUACAUCGCUCCUGCUCCCGUUUCCAUCCCUGAGCCCGUUCAGCAGAUUGUGCAGCAGCCGCAGUACAGUGGUUACUCCUACCAGACGCCUCAGCAAGCUUCAGCUCCAGCUCCGGUUCAGGUGUCCCUUCCUGCUCCAGCACCCGUGGUGAUCUCGCCUCCUGCUCCGGCUCCAAUUUCCAUCCCAGCUCCAGCUCCAGCUCCAGCUCCAGCUCCUGCUCCAGUUCAACUGCAGCAGUCCUUUGUGCCAGCACCACCAACUCCCAUCCAAGUCCAACAGCCAGCCCAACCCAUUGUACAGUACUCAGCACCAGCGGUGCAACAGCAGGUGACCUACACCCAGCCCGCUCCUGCUCCAGUUCAAGUUGCCGCUCCAGCUCCGGUUGCGGUUUCCGGUCCCGUGGAGAUCGGAACCAGCUACGCCGCCAAUGGUGGUUACCUGUACAAGUAGGAUGCCCGUGAACGGACCCCAGCGGAGGUCCGAACUCGCAUCGAGUUGGGUAUUCAACGAUUCAGCUGAAUUUAGUGUUACGUAGCCAAUU